AUGUGGCACAUAGACAACCAGUCUAUGUUUGUCGCUAAGUGGAAGCCUGGACUCCAGCCAGCAAUCCCGGAGCUCACUUCUGCUCAAGUGUGGCUAGACUUCCAUAACGUCCCCCCGCAGUUCUAUUCCGAAGAAGGUCUUGAGCAUAUAGCUGGUGCUCUGGGAGAUCCACUCUUCCUCCACCCAGCCACCUCAAACAUGACAAACUUGGAGGUCGCCAGGGUCUUUACUAUCAUCGAUCCUACGAGACCACUUCCUGAGGCAGUGAAUGUGAGGUUUGAGUCUGGACACACUGAACGUAUCGAGGUAUCUAGCCCCUGGCUUCCCCCUACUUGCGAACAUUGUAAGGAGGUGGGGCACAGUAUCAAGAACUGCUUAACGGCCCCAAUUACCUGUCUGACUUGUCAAUCUUCUGGACACAAGCAAGAACAAUGCCCGAAAGGGAAAAACACAGAGGCACCCACUGGUGGAAAAGUCAAGAAGAAGAAGAAGAAGUCAAAGACCAGGGUUUCUAAGGCCGCUGAGGAAACAAUCUUAACGGAGACAGUCGAAGAGGGCAACCUUGUCAUUGAUAUUGGUCUGGAUAAAAUCCCCCAAGAAGAGCCCCCUCGGGAAGAACCAACGGUAGAAACAGAAGGGAAUGUUACCCCAGCUGGAGUGCAAGGAUCUGAUUCAGAUUCAAAAAUCUCUACUGACUCGGAACCGGAGGGAUCCUCUUCUGCUGAAGAAAACACUGAUGAGUCUGGCUCUGAAGAGGACAAUGAAGUGUCUGACAGCUCCAGUUCGGAUGAAUCCAGUUUUUCCACUGUAACCUCCAAAAGGACUAAGAAACAGCAAAGGAAGAAGGAAAGACAGGCAGCUCUGAAACUGCAGCUUCAGAGAGAAAAAGAGCUUAAGCGGAGCACAAGCUCCAAGACCCGCAAUCUCUGA